UACAGGUACAUACGAGAAGCUAGACACGUUGACAGCUUUAACCACUUGUCUACCAUAUUAUGCUCGCCAUGUGUGCAUGACCAUCAACCUCCGGGAUUUCGGGAUCAUGGACGAUGGAGAGAACGAAGUGCGACCUGGCUGUGUACGAAGGAUGAAUAGCCGACAACCUGCGACGACGGGAGCCUGGAUGCAACCAUUAUUGCUGCAAUAUUGGAAUCCUUCGAAACCAUAGAGCACAAGUGGUCGUAAUGCUGCUGCCAAGGCUGUUCCCCUCCGCUAUAUGCUCGCCAAGUCUCUGAAAGAUGUUCAUCGGCAAAGCGCUGUCCGUGAGCUAUAGCUGUUGUUGGACCCAUGGGCAGAAUGCUCGUUGACCAGGAGUCUCGCGUCAAUGAGUACCGCUCACACAGUUUCACAGGUCGCUCACGGCUACACCGCCGCGCACACUGUACCACC